UGAGUUAAAUUCUCUGAAUGCGCCACAAGAAACCAAAGCAAGAAAAAAAAUGGAGGCAGUUGGUGAAAGAGGAAAUUCUGUUACCGGCCGAUUAGUUCAUCCAGAACAAGGUAUCAGCAAGGAUGAAAUUUGUGAUAUAGUUAUCACCAUUAAUGUUCAUCUACAAAGUGUUUAUACUCACAAAUCUAUUCUUGUCAACUCUUGCAUCAUAGGUAGAGUUCCUAGUCAUUUUCGCGCAAUUCAUAAAGAGGACUUAGAUCCGAGGUUUGUUUCUAUCGGCCCUUUGCAUCAUCACAAGCCUCAUCUUAUUGCCAUGGAGGAUCAUAAACUGAGGUUUUUAUUACGUUUGUUGACGGAUUCUAGUUGGAAAGCUCCUGGUGUUCAUGAUGAUUUCCUUGAUGAUGAAACUGACAAGACUAAAAGCUCAGUGAAUGGUGAACGAGCAGCAGCAGUAGGUCUAAAGCGAUACUGUGAAAAUUUUCUGUCAAGUAAAACGGGAGGUGGUGAUAGUGAUCAUAAUGGUAACAGUAUGAUAACGGAACUUGUCUAUGAAAUGAAAGUAAUGGAAGUGGAAGCUAGAAGAUGUUAUUCAGAGAAGUUUAAUGACAUUAGUGCAAGUGAAUUUGUCACAUUCUUGACGGUUGCUUCAUCGUUCAGCUCUUGCACCUUUAUGAGAGGAGUGAAAUGGAAGAUGUAGAAGAUCCCCUCUUUAAUAUUCGUUGGAUGGUGCCGAAUCUUCACCGUGACCUGCUGUUGCUGGAAAAUCAGCUCCCUUUCGCCGUACUUGAUAAAAUAUUCGAGAUAACCUCCGCCUCAGCAGAUGAGUCUUAUUCUCUCCAGAAACUGGCUCUCAAGUUCUUCAAUUGUGUGGUUCCAAACGAGACAAAAUCAUUGGAUAAAAAGUGCUUAUUUGGUGUCCACCCCGAUAAUUUGCUCCAUUUAGUUCGUCUGAGUUUUGUUUCAUCGUUUACAGGCAAGGCAAAGCCAUGUUCCCGACUACAUAAGGAACAGAAAAAACAAAAAAUACUACGUACUUUUAGAGAAAUAAUCCCUCCAUAUGGACAUAAUAUCGAGGAGCUUAUGGAAGCAGGAGGUAAGUUCAUGUGCAGAGAGAAUCAUGGUCUAUUAGACAUCGCAAUCAAAGACUGAGUCCUAGAAAUCCCACCUCUGCGUGUCGAUGAUUUCGUAGGUCAGUUGCUCCUCAACCUCAUUGCAUACGAACAAUGUGACCGUUUCUUGGAACCUUAUUUUACACACUAUGUGUUGUUCUUCUGCGGUCUUGUGCGUUCAGUGAAGGAUGUUUGCAUUAUGCAUGAUGCUGGUCUCCUUCGUCAUGAGUUGAGGAGUGAUGAAGACGUGGUUGAUCUUUUCAAGAAGCUUUCUAAGGGUAUUGUUGUCAGUUACGAAUGUGAUUCUUAUUUGUCAGAAACCUUGAUCGCGUUUUACAAAACUCUUCAUUUUACGAAUUGGAAUAAAUGGAAGAAGAAAUGGAGGGAAGACUACUUUAGCAACCCAUGGGCCUUUUCAUCGUUUCUAGCUGCCGGUACUCUUUUAUUGCUUACUAUGAUUCAGACUUUCUUUUCCGUUUUCUCAUAUGUCCUUCCUCCAUCGUAAAGCAUUUUGUAGAGGGUGUUACCCUUUCUCCUUGUAUUUGAAUCAAGGGAUUGGAUACACAUAAUUGAUCAGCUAUGAGGAAUUGUUUUGGGAAUGUAGCAUCGCCGGGAGAAGUGUUGCACACAUUUUGUAAUGUGAUUUUGCUCCCCCUGGCAACUAGCACUGCCAAGGCUCUUAAUGCUCUUACUUUUCUUUUUUGCGGUCUUUUUGUAACCUUCUAUUAACGUGGGUUUUUGCCACGUUACGACAUCAGACUCCAGGAAUGAAUCUAGCAGCAUGUAUUUGAU